UUGAUGGACCGAUCCCCGGCCUGAACUCAGCACCGAGCCCCGGACAGAUGCACCGAUCCCCGGCCUGAACUCAGCACCGAGCCCCGGACAGAUGCUCCGAUCCCCGGCCUGAACUCAGCACCGAGCCCCGGACAGAUGCACCGAUCCCCGGCCUGAACUCAGCACCGAGCCCCGGACAGAUGCUCCGAUCCCCGGCCUGAACUCAGCACCGAGCCCCGGACAGAUGCACCGAUCCCCGGCCUGAACUCAGCACCGAGCCCCGGACAGAUGCUCCGAUCCCCGGCCUGAACUCAGCACCGAGCCCCGGACUGAAACCCUGGAUCCGAGCCGGAGAGUCCCGGGAAGCGAACCGGAUUAACCCCGGACCGUGGAGACGUCUGACCGGGAGUGAAGCCUCAGAGGCCGGGUUGUUUCCAACAUGGCCGACGCCGAGGUUUCCCCGGCUCUGCUGCUCCACCUGAACCCCCCCCACCCGGCCCCUCCCCCUCCCCCCGCCUCCUCCUCCUCCCCCACCACCUUCUCCUGCCCCUCCUCCCCCUCCAGCGCCUCCUCUUCCUCCUCCUCUUCCUCUUCUUCUUGUUCUGAGAGCUCCUCCGACUGCCCCGCCCAUCAUCACCACCACCACCACCACCAUCAUCACCACCACCCCCGCCCCCAGCUGCAGCUGCCCCCGCCCCCCCCCAGCGAGCAGCCGUCCUCCCCCAGCGCCAGCCCCCGCAGCUCCUCCCCCAGCGGCAGCAUCGGCAGCACCGGCAGCCUCGGCAGCAGCGCCAGCGAAGGCAUCGGCAGCAGCGGCACGUCCAGCGGGGGCGACCCGCGGGGGCCCAGCCCCCCCCUGGACGUCAUCUCAGAGGACGCCAUGGAGAUGGACCUGGGGGCCGACCAAGUGAUCGACCCUGAAGUGGCUCUGAAGGCUUGUCAGGAGGUUCUUCUGAAGGUGAAGCUCCAGCAGCAGGACGACCAGCAGCAGCAGCUCGACUCCUCGCCGCCUCAGUGGCCCGUCGGCCCGGACGCCGGCGCCAUCAGAGAGGAAGACGAGGAGGAAGAGGAGGAGGAAGAGGAAGAGGAAGAGGGACGGAAGCGAGGUGGCGUUUCCCAUCGAGGUCCGCCUCCUCCGGCCGGAUCAGAACCGACUCCCAUACCUUCGUCCUCGUCCUCGUCUUCGUCGAAACAGUCGUGGCUGCUGCGCCUGUUCGAGUCGAAGCUGUUUGACGUUUCCAUGGCGAUCUCCUACCUGUACAAGUCGAAGGAGCCGGGCGUGCAGGCCUACAUCGGGAACCGGCUCUUCAGCUUCCCCGACGGCGACGUGGACUGCUACCUGCCGCAGCUGCUCAACAUGUACGUGCACAUGGACACCGAGGUGGGCGACGCCAUCAGACCAUACCUGGUGAGUCAGAGCCAAUCACAGCCAGCCACAGCAGACCAUCAGAGGGUCUUUGGCUCCAUGGAGGUUCAGGCAGACCAUCAGAAGGUCUUUGGCUCCAUGGAGGUUCAGGCAGACCACCAGAUGAGUCAGCAGACUGGUAAACCCUCUGAGGUGGAGUCUGGUAGGGGUGGGCCGGAGCGUCUGCGUCCUCAGAGGGACUUUGUGAAGUCUCUGCUCUGCAUCGGGAAGCGUUUGGCGACUCUUCCCACGAAGGAGCAGAAGACUCAGCGUCUGAUCUCUGAGCUCUCGCUGCUCAACCACAAACUGCCGGCCAGAGUCUGGCUGCCCACCGCCGAGAAGCAGCACCACGUCUGCAGGAUCCCCCACACCCAGGCCGUGGUCCUCAACUCCAAGGACAAGGCUCCGUACAUCAUCUACGUUGAAGUCCUGGAGUGCGAGAGCUUCGAGACGUCUCCCGUCCCGCUCCGGAUCCCGGAGACGAGGAUCCGCUCGGCCCGCUCUGCCGAGAACCUCGACUGUGGCGGCGGCGUGAUGACAUCAGAGCAGCGGGCAGGAAGUCUGUCCACCGUUCAAAACUACGACAACGAUGACGAAGCGUGGGCGACCGACGACAUCGGCCAGCUGCAGGUGGAGGCUGAGGCUCAGACCAGCAGCAGUGAUAACAUCAGUCAGUUUUCAGUGGACAGCAUCACCAGCCUGGAGAGUAAAGAACCCAUAUUCAUCGCUGCUGGAGACAUCAGACGGCGUCUCUCAGAGAAUCUCGCUCACACUCCGACGACGUUCAGGAGAGAUCCUGAAGAUCCGUCAGCUGUCGCUCUCAAAGAGCCCUGGGAGGAAAAAGUCAGGAGGAUCAGGGAGGGCUCUCCUUACGGUCAUCUUCCUAAUUGGAGGCUUUUAUCCGUCAUCGUUAAAUGUGGAGACGACCUGAGACAAGAGCUGCUGGCCUAUCAGGUGCUCCGACAGCUGCAGUCGAUCUGGCAGCAGGAGCGAGUUCCUCUUUGGAUCAAACCCUACAAGAUCCUGGUGAUGUCAUCAGACAGCGGCAUGAUCGAACCCGUCCUCAACGCCGUCUCUCUGCACCAGGUGCGUAAACAGAGUCAGCUGUCUCUGCUGGACUACUUCCUGCAGGAACACGGCAGCUACACCACCGAAGCCUUCCUCACCGCUCAGAGGAACUUCGUCCAGAGCUGCGCAGGAUACAGUCUGAUCUGCUACCUGCUGCAGGUUAAAGACAGACACAACGGGAACAUCCUGCUGGACUCUGAAGGUCACAUCAUCCACAUCGACUUCGGCUUCAUCCUCUCGUCGUCUCCCAGAAACCUCGGCUUCGAAACCUCCGCCUUCAAACUCACAGCGGAGUUCGUAGACGUGAUGGGCGGUCUGGAUGGAGACAUGUUUAUCUACUAUAAGAUGUUGAUGCUUCAGGGUUUGAUCGCUGCCAGGAAACACAUGGAGAAGGUUCUCCAGAUAGUAGAGAUCAUGCAGCAAGGUUCCCACCUCCCUUGUUUCCAUGGCUCCAGCACCAUCCGCAGCCUGAAGGAGCGUUUCCACAUGUCUCUGACGGAGGAGCAGCUGCAGCUCCUGGUGGAGCAGCUGGUGGACGGCUCCAUGCGCUCCAUCACCACCAAGCUGUACGACUCCUUCCAGUACGUCACCAACGGCAUCAUGUGACCCGCCGGCUCCU